AGAGGAAACAGCAGCAGACUGCAGCCGACGAAGGAAGGGCGAUCACUUAAAGAGAGACCCCGCGUACUCCCUUCACCACCAUGGGGGAACUCUUUAGAAGUGAAGAGAUGACCCUGGCUCAGCUCUUCCUCCAGUCAGAGGCUGCCUACUGCUGUGUCAGUGAACUGGGAGAGAUUGGAAUGGUACAGUUUCGUGAUCUAAAUCCUGAUGUGAACGUGUUCCAGCGCAAGUUUGUCAAUGAAGUACGAAGAUGUGAGGAGAUGGAUCGCAAGCUGAGGUUUGUGGAGAAGGAGAUCAAGAAGGCCAACAUCCCCAUCAUGGACACGGGAGAGAACCCUGAAGUUCCCUUCCCUAGAGAUAUGAUUGACCUAGAGGCCACAUUUGAGAAGCUGGAGAAUGAGCUGAAGGAGAUUAACACCAACCAGGAGGCCCUGAAGAAAAACUUCCUGGAGCUCACUGAGCUCAAGCACAUCCUGCGUCGCACACAACAGUUUUUUGACGAGAUGGAGGACCCAAGUCUGUUGGAGGAGUCAUCCAUACUGCUGGACCCCAACGAGGCCAACCGAGGGGCUCCCCUCCGACUAGGAUUUGUAGCUGGAGUGAUUGGCAGGGAGCGCAUUCCCACAUUUGAGAGGAUGCUGUGGAGAGUUUGCCGUGGAAACGUGUUCCUGAGGCAGGCAGACAUUGAGGAACCACUGGAGGACCCUGCUUCGGGGGACCAGGUCUACAAGUCAGUUUUCAUCAUCUUCUUCCAGGGAGACCAAUUGAAGAAUCGGGUCAAGAAGAUAUGUGAGGGGUUCAGAGCAUCCCUGUACCCAUGUCCAGAAACACCACAGGAGAGAAAAGAAAUGGCAGCAGGAGUCAGCGCUCGCAUUGAUGACCUCCAGAUGGUGCUGAACCAGACAGAGGACCACAGACAGAGGGUCCUGCAAGCUGCAGCCAAGACAGUUAGGGUGUGGUUUAUCAAAGUGAGAAAGAUGAAGGCCAUCUACCACACCCUUAACCUCUGCAACAUCGAUGUCACCCAAAAGUGUCUGAUCGCCGAGGUGUGGUGCCCUGUCUCGGACCUGGACUCCAUCCAAUUUGCCCUGCGCAGAGGGACGGAGAAGAGCGGCUCCACUGUGCCCUCAAUCCUCAACAGAAUGCAGACCAAGCAGACACCACCCACCUACAACAAGACCAACAAGUUCACCUCAGGCUUCCAGAACAUUGUAGAUGCAUAUGGUAUUGGCAACUACCGUGAAAUCAACCCAGCACCAUACACCAUCAUCACCUUCCCCUUCCUAUUUGCUGUCAUGUUUGGUGACCUGGGCCACGGGGUUCUCAUGACCUGUGCUGCCCUCUACCUGGUACUGAGAGAGAGCAGGCUGAUGGCCCAGAAGAAUGAUAAUGAGAUGUUCAGCAUGGUGUUUGCGGGACGGUACAUCAUCCUGUUGAUGGGAAUUUUUUCCAUCUACACUGGCAUCAUCUACAAUGACUGCUUCUCCAAGUCCCUCAACCUGUUUGGCUCUGGUUGGAGUGUUAGACCCAUGUUCACGCCUCGUGUAGGAGGCAACUGGACGGUUGCGACGCUCAAUAGUAAUAGAGUUCUACAGUUGGAUCCAGCAAUAGACGGAGUGUUCAAUGGACCAUACCCCAUUGGCAUUGACCCUAUCUGGAACAUUGCUGCCAACAAGCUGACGUUCCUCAACUCCUUCAAGAUGAAGAUGUCUAUCAUCCUGGGAGUCAUCCACAUGCUGUUUGGAGUGACCCUCAGUCUUUUUAACCAUCUGUACUUCAAGAAGCCCCUCAACAUCUACCUGGGGUUUAUCCCAGAGAUAGUCUUCAUGGCCAGCCUGUUUGGCUACCUGGUCCUCUUGGUGUUUUACAAGUGGCUGUCUUACGACGCACGCUCAUCCAGGGAUGCUCCCAGUCUGCUCAUCGCCUUCAUUAACAUGUUCCUCUUCAACUACAACGACCCCAGUAACAAACCUCUCUACAGAGGGCAGAUGGGUCUCCAGUCACUGUUGGUGAUAGUUGCCCUGGCCUGUGUUCCCUGUAUGUUAAUAGUGAAAACUCUGGUUCUGCGAAGACAGUACCUGUGGCGGAAAAAUCUGGGGACGCAGAAUUUUGGAGGGAUCCGUGUGGCCAAUGGACCCACAGAGGAUGAGGCAGAGAUCAUCCAGCAUGACCAGCUCUCACAGCAUUCUGAAGAGGAACCAGAGGCCCGUGAGGAGGAAGAGUUUAACUUUGGCGAUGUGGCAGUGCACCAGGCCAUCCAUACCAUAGAGUACUGCUUGGGCUGUAUCUCCAACACAGCCUCCUAUCUGCGGUUAUGGGCCCUUAGUCUGGCCCAUGCACAAUUGUCUGAAGUGCUAUGGUCCAUGGUGAUGCACAUUGGCUUGUCCAUAAGGGGCUUUGGGGGCUCCUUUUUACUCGUCUUCAUCUUUUCUGCCUUCGCCAUCCUCACAGUUGCCAUCCUUCUUAUUAUGGAAGGGUUGUCAGCCUUCCUGCAUGCUCUGCGUCUGCACUGGGUGGAGUUCCAGAACAAGUUCUACUUGGGCCAGGGAUUUAAGUUCCUCCCCUUCACCUUUGAAAGCAUUUUGGAAGGGAGGUUUGAAGACUGAGUGCCACCAACCCUUGUUCCUGUCGUGUCACUUGUAUCUUGAGAGCCUGUGCUGUCUUGUGUAGUGAUUUGCGUGUGAUAUAGUCGUCAGACUCUCUCAAGAUCACUUGUCAUGGUCUGUCAAAAUUAGACUUGUUUUAAAGAUUUUGUUUUUUUUGUUUUUUUUUUGUUUGUUUUGUUAUUGUUGUUGGUUGUUUUGUUUGACAAAUUUGUCCUAUCUGGAUCACAAACAUUUACAGUGAUUGAUGUAGAAUAAUGUUCAGCUGUCUACUCAGAAUGUACAGUGUUUAUAGUUAUUCAGUCGUCCUUCAGAAAAUAUCCAUAUCUUGUCCGUCAUUUUCUACCGCAACAAAUUUACUCUGACAGAUUUUGUUUAGCAAAACCUGCUUUUUCCUCAUUUACCCUCACUAUGAGGUACUGCUCUUUAUAAAUGACAUCUACCUUGCCAUAGUUUGAAUUGAAAAGUCCAUGUUGAUUGACAGCGUACGUCAGUGGUGAGGUGUAGUGGUAGGUGAAAAGGUAGCUUCCAGACACGGGCACUAAAGCCCACUCAUCUCCCACACCUUUUUCCAGCCGCAUUAUGUCAGUCUCUCUCAUUCUCUCUCUACAUCUCUAUCCAUCUGUCUAUAUCUCUAUUUCAGUGAUUUCAUCUUACACACAUACACACAUACAAGCCCCACACAUAUCUACUGUAACAGUCCAAAGGGAAUAAUUGUAUUAAUUUUGGCGAAAAGACCUAGAUUGGCUUGUGUUGUCCUUUGUGAUUGCUGCUCUGUAAUUCAUCAUAUCCCUAUGCAGAGAAAGGGUCUACCUCCCAAGUGUGGUCUGAUUAUGUAAUAAUCUAAUAUUGUGUUGGGUUUUUUUUAGUUGUACAUUGAUUCGUUUUUUGUUUUUGUUUUUUCUGUUCCAGUGUUUGCUGAUACUGUAUUUGACCUCAUAGAAUGAGAGAGAUGUGAAGAUUGAAUCAAAAUGGAAUCAUUCCAUUGUAUAUAUGUUAUCGCCUGCAGCAGGGAGGUCUGUAGUUUCAGUGUUUGUUGAUCCAUUAAAGGGGAAAAG